UUGCUAAGAAUUACCUUAUCACAGCAUGCUGAUACUGCUGUUGGAUUUAAAUAGCCUCAGUUUGAGACCAAAGCAAUAGUAUCAUUCUGUUACUACGCGCAGAUCCGCAAGCAUGAAGACCACCGCCAUUAUUUCUCUUGUUGUUUGCAGCUUCUUGCUGUUCGGCGUCACAUCAGCUCAUCCCUUGGCUGAUUCGGAAGUUGCAUCCGUUGAAGCCAUUCUGAUUGAUCCAGUUCCAGCACAGCGCCCUAGUAAAGACAUUAUAAUUGAUGCAUCCAUUCAGGGACAGGCUCAUGUGGUGGUUCCUGGUUCAGUUGCCGAGGAGCUCGUUAAAAUUAUGGCUGAGGCUUUUCAAACCCAAAAGUCUGGAAAAGUCAAUGGGCCGCAAAGCCGCAGCAAGCGCAUUACCUGUGACUUAUUGGAUGCCUCUGGUUGGUCCAAAACUUUGUGUGCUGUCCAUUGUAUCGGCUUGGGACACCGCGGUGGCUACUGCAAUGGAAAAUCUAUCUGCCAAUGUCGUGAUUAAGAGUUGGCAUUCGAAAGAUAACAUUUAAAAUAAGGAGAGAAGUUGAAUUAUUUUCAUUUAAUGCCGUUAAAAUCUUUAGCAUUUCUGUGUGUAUAAAUACAAAUCUAUACAUAUUUUUAGUUCCGGCGAACGAUAGCAAAUGAGUGCUUUAUUUAUUUAUAUGUUUAUAUUCUCAAGUGGGUGGACUUAUUUAUUUCUAAUUUUAAGGCACCUACAUAAAUUCAUGAUAACAUAUGAUAACAACAACAUAUGUACAUAUGUGAAUACCAUAUAUCAUGAUAUUCAUUCAGACUUUAAAUAGCCACAACCAGUUGAGCAAUAUAUCAGUUUGGUCUGACAGCGACUUGUAAAAACAUGAAAACUAUUGUUAUUAUUUCGGCAGUGCUUUGCAGCUUCUUGCUGUGUCACAGCACAACGGCUUUGCAACCAGAAGGUCUCAAAGAAAAUAAUGGUGACAUUACAAUCGAUGGCUCUAUUGAAUCCAGUGCCCACAUCGAAGUUCCAGAGAAGGUAGCGAAGGAUUUAUUAAAAGCUAUGGUCGAAGCUUUUCAACAUAUGCAAGUUUCUGGCGAAGUAACAGCUGAGGUCCAGCUUAAUACUGGUGCAGAAGAACCAGCAAACGUGAGGAGUGAGCCACAAAAUCGCACGACUUGUGACUCAGGGGCCUGUAGUAUGUAUUGUCUUGCGAUUGGACGCCACGGUGGAUAUUGCAGCGUUUGGUCGGCCUGUAUGUGUGUAUAACGCACAUAGAAUUUGAAAAAGAAAAUAAAAUUGAUUUUUAGAAACAAAGCAAA